GGUGGUCAGCGAGGCAAGUUAGUCAGAGACCAGAAGAAGUGCAGACCAUAGGAAGUCGCGAGCUCGCGAAAUUCUUUUGACUUAAAAAAGCAUGAGUGAUGAGACAACUAUUAGCCUGGAGGACGGCUAUCCCCCUCUGGAGGCGUUGACAACUAUGGUUCCCCCCGCGGACGCGACUGGUUUCUCGCAGUCGCUUUUGACCUUUGCCGCGGUCAUGACCUUUCUCAUAAUGAUUGUGGGCAUAUGCGGCAACCUGUUGACCGUAGUGGCCUUGCUGAAAUGUCCCAAAGUUCGCAACGUUGCGGCUGCCUUUAUCAUCAGCCUCUGUAUUGCCGACCUGCUCUUCUGCGCCCUGGUGCUGCCUUUCCAGGGUCUGCGGUUCGUACAAGGAACCUGGCGACAAGGCCAGGUGCUGUGUCGCCUCAUUCCCUUUAUCCAAUACGGAAACAUAGGGGUAUCCCUGCUGUGCAUCGCAAUGAUCACGAUCAAUCGGUAUGUGAUGAUCACACACCACGGACUAUAUGCCAGGAUCUAUAAACGCCACUGGAUUGCGGUGAUGAUCGCCGCCUGCUGGCUGUUCUCCUACGGCAUGCAGCUCCCAACGCUUCUGGGAGAGUGGGGUCGCUUUGGCUACGACUCGCGCUUGCAGACCUGCUCCAUCAUGACAGACGAUCAUGGGCACAGCAGCAAGACGACGUUGUUUAUCACCGCCUUCGUCAUCCCUUGCCUGGUUAUCAUUGCCUGCUAUGCCAAGAUCUUCUGGGUGGUUCACAAGUCGGAGCAGCGCUUGAAGCGGCAUGCCACCAAGCAAAACUCCAUACCCAACAACCUGCGUCCCCUGGCCACUACAGGAUCAGGAGCCCUGCCCUCCGGCGCGGAGUCCCAGCCAAGCAACCGCGUCUCCUCGGACAGCAGCAGUAGCUUCUCCAACGAUGUGCCGGAGACAGCACCCAGCGGCAAACAGCAGCCAACCCGAGUCAAGGAUCAGCGUGAAGUACGCGCCAAGCGGAACGAGUGGCGCAUCACUAAGAUGGUGCUGGCCAUCUUCCUGUCCUUCGUCGUCUGCUACUUGCCUAUCACAAUUGUUAAAGUGGCCGACAAGAAUGUGGAGCACCCCAGCCUCCACAUCUGCAGCUACAUCCUGCUCUACCUGUCGGCUUGCAUUAAUCCGAUCAUCUAUGUCAUCAUGAACAAGCAGUACCGCAAGGCCUACAAGACGGUGGUUUUCUGUCAGCCCGCCCGCCUUCUGCUGCCCUUCGGAAAGACCAAUGGCGCUAGCAGCGCAGCAGAGAAAUGGAAAGAUACCGGGUUGAGCAACAACCACAGCCGCACAAUCGUCUCCCAGAUGUCGGGGGGAACGGGAGCCGCAUCGGGAGCAGGGACGCCAACGGGAACAGCAGCUGUGGCGGUGGUGCAGACCCCACCGGAGGUCCAACAAACCCAAGCCUUGGAGAUGCUGUCGCGGGGACCGGACCUAAUCAGCAAAUCGAACCUCCCGCCGCCGACCGUUACGCCUCCGCCACCCUCGGUACUCACGGCGACACCCAACGGAAGCAACAGCAACAGCCUCAGCCUGCGACUGCCGCUCAAGAAGAACAAUCAUUGCUACACCAACAGCGGCUUCAACAGCACCACACCCAGCCCCAGCAGCGGCUUGGGGAUCGGGAUCAGCAGCAGCUCCAUUUACCGGCCCGGAGUUGGCUCACUGGGGAGCGGCUCCGCCUCGAUCCGUCGCAUAACAAUGGUGGGGGACGACAUAAUACUGGAGGAAGAGGAAGUGCCGCCUACGCCUCCGGCGACUUCGGCGCCGACAACGCCGGCACCUCCCCCACCCUUAUCCCCACUGCAUCUGCUGUCCACGGACUCAUCAACAACAACAACCAGCGGCGGAGCAGUGGUAGCGGGGAGCAGUGCUCCAAAGCCGGCGACGCCAACGCCCCACAUCUACAUGAAUGUCGACAGCCCGAAGAGAAACCAAUACUACAUGGAACGUAAUACAAAUGCCGUAGCACCGGAAAGUGACUCCGGUCCGGCCAACACAUCCGCAACCGUCUCUGUUUCCGGCUCCAAGCUGACGGCUAAGAUGAAAUUUCCAAAAGACUAACGAAAUGCUUUAAUUCCAAAAUCAAAACAAAAAACAUGUAGUCCUUGUGCUACCAUCGUUAUAAACACAAAAUUGCCAGGAAUUGUAGAUCGGGAUAUCGUAAAUGGGUUGCGAAUGCCGUAUAUUCUUCCCCUUGCAUGAAAAGCAGAUCAUUUUCCAAGAAACUUCAAGCCUAGAUGGCUUCGUAGUUCCAUAUCGUAAGAAAUUGUUCUAUAAAAAAUUAGUUUUUAUUAAGAAUUCGCCAAAUAGCACAGAGAAUGCGUUUAAAUUGUGCCAUCGAUUACCUUUAGAUUUCCGUUUUAUUGCUAAUUUCAAAAUUAAUUGUACACUAAACAUAAACUGUAAAUCGUAUACCAAAUCUUAAUCUUUACUCAGCUAUACUGAUCGCUAGAAUGGUUUGAUUAUAAUCAAUCCUCUUUACUUUUGAGUGCCCCUCUACUUUUCGCCCUAAUAUUCUUAUUCCGCCCUAUAUUGCAUAAGCCUAAGCCUAGAUUUUUAAUAAACCCCCAAAAUCCGUA